GGCGGUCACUUCUCCGUCUAUAUAAACAUUAGCACAGCACACCUCUUGAGAUUAAUCACUCUUGCACAUGACCGGGCACAGCGCACAUGUCUGAGCAGUCACAGUCUCGCCUAUCUGGAAUGAAAGCAGCUCAGUGAUGGAGUUCAGAGAGCUGGGAGCAGACGAGAGCUCCGAGGGCGAUACGGAGGAUCUGGAUAAUGUAAAAGCCCUGACAGAGAAACUCAAACUCCAAACGCGCAGACCGUCGUACCUAGAAUGGAAGGAGCGACUGCAGGCUCGCCCGUGGACUGAUGCCACUCACGGUUCAGAUGCGAGCAGCCCAGGAUCUGUGGAGAAGGACACCCAGCUACCCGACAUCUGGAAAGAUGGGAUGCCUUAUAAGAACAUCUGCGGCUUUGAUACUAUGGACGACGCGUUAGAGUGGCUCAGAAACGAACUGCGGGAGAUGCAGAUGCAGGAUAACCGUCUAGCACGACAGUUGAUUCGCUUACGGGGAGAGAUCCACAGGCUGAAGGUGGAGCAGGUGUGUCACCGUCACAAAGAGAUGCUGGAUGAUGCCACAUAUGAGCUGGAGGAGUGUGAGGAGGACUCGGACCUGCUGUGUGACAUCCCCAUGAAAGCCACCUUCACUCUUUCCACCCCUCUCAAACAUCUUGGUCUCACCAAGAUGAACCUAAACUCCAGACGAUUCUCUCUCUGCUGAGAGGCACGACGAGGAGAGAUGCCCCUCAAUGCACAGCUCUCACUGACACUGGAAGCCAAAUAUCUUUCAUUUCAGUGUUACAACUGGACUAUUGCAAAAAAAAAAAAAAAAAAAA